GUUGAAACAAGAGAAGAUGAAGAACAAAACAUCAAGUUGACUGAAAUUUUGGAACUGUUGGUGGCUGCUGGGUAUUUUCGAGCAAGAAUCAAAGGAUUAUCACCCUUCGACAAGGUGGUGGGCGGCAUGACAUGGUGUAUCACUACUUGCAGCUUUGAUAUUGAUGUUGAUUUAUUGUUUCAGGAAAACUCUACUAUUGGUCAAAAAAUUGCCUUAACUGAAAAAAUUGUGUCAGUAUUACCAAAAAUGAAGUGUCCUCAUCGUUUAGAACCACAUCAGAUCCAGGGACUGGAUUUCAUUCAUAUAUUUCCUGUUGUACAGUGGCUUGUGAAACGUGCAAUAGAAACAAGGGAAGAAAUGGGAGAUUAUAUCCGUUCUUACUCUAUAUCACAAUUUCAAAAAACUCAUAGACUACCAGAGGAUGAUGAAUUUAUGCAAAGAAAAGAGAAGGCUAUCAAAACCGUUACUGAUAUCUUUGAUGUUUACAAACCCCAGAGAAAAUAUAAACGUCAGAAGGGAGCUGAAGAACUGCUAGAUGAGGAAUCAAAGGUUCAUGCUACGCUUCUGGAAUAUGGCAGGAGAUAUGGAUUUAGCAGACAAGCAGGAAAAACAGAACAGGCUGAAGAUAAAAAAAUUGCGCUACCUCCAGGGCUUGCAGCAGCAGGAAAAUCUGAGCCUUGUGAUGAAGAUGACCUUCAGGCCGCUGAAGAGCUUCGCAUUAAAACUCUGAUGACUGGGAUGGCUGCAAUGGCAACAGAAGAGGGCAAGUUGACAGCAAGCACAGUUGGCCAGAUUGUUGGACUCCAGUCGGAUGAAAUCAAGCAAAUAGUGUCAGAAUAUGCUGAAAAGCAAUCUGAGCUUUCCGCUGAGGAGCGACCAGAAAGGCUUGGAGCUGCACAGCAACACAGAAGGAAGGUGACAUCUCUGAAUAAGCAAAUUUUGCAGAAAACCAAACUCCUGGAAGAGUUGCAAGCUAAAUGUGCUGAUCUGCAGGCAAAAUGUACCGAAGCAAAAAAGACAUUAACUGAGGUUAAGAGUUACGGUGAAAAGCUGGACAAGGAAUUGGCAGCCCUGGAAACAAUAGAAUCUCAAGCAGAUUCUAGCAUAUUACAGAGUCUGCGAGCACUGGUGGCCAUGAAUGAAAACCUAAAAAGCCAGGAGCAAGAGUUCAAAGCACAUUGUAGGGAAGAAAUGGAGAGACUUCAACAAAAUAUUGAGAAUUUGAAAACCGAGGCAGUAGAAAAUGGGGAGGAACAGGAGCCGAAUAAGAUUAUAGAACAGCAGUACAAAACUGAGAAAGAGAAACUUCAAAAGAUCCGGCUGUUAUUGGCACGAAGAAACAGAGAAAUAGCCAUUUUACAACGCAAGAUUGAUGAAGUACCCAGCCGAGCUGAGCUAACACAAUAUCAGAAGAGAUUUAUUGAACUUUACAGUCAGGUCUCAGCAACUCACAAAGAAACGAAGCAGUUCUUUACUCUUUAUAAUACACUGGAUGAUAAGAAAGUAUAUUUGGAAAAGGAGGUUAACUUACUGAAUUCUAUUCAUGACAACUUUCAGCAAGCAAUGGCAUCUUCUGGUUCUCGUGAGCAGUUUUUACGGCAGAUGGAGCAGAUUGUAGAAGGCAUCAAACAGAAUCGGAUGAAGAUGGAAAAGAAAAAGCAAGAAAACAAAAUGCGAAGGGACCAGUUGAAUGAUGAAUACUUAGAGCUUCUAGAGAAACAGAGGCUUUACUUUAAAACAGUGAAAGAAUUUAAAGAGAAUGAAAUGCUGCUGUCCAAGCUGAAAGCGAGUUCUUCCUGAAGAACUCCGGCUGGUGAAGUUCAUAGAUGGUUGUUCAGUCUGUUGAAUCUCUUUUGUGAGGUGACAGUUAUAACUGCAAUGUAGAUAUAUAUAGAGAUAUAUAUAUAUAAAAAAUAUAUACACACAGCUGUAAAAGUCUGGGGUUUUUUUUCCAGUAUGUAUUCAGUUUUACAUUCCUUCAUCACGUGGCUGUAUUAUUCCUUAUUGCCUCCACUACACAGUAAAAAGUUAAUGCAGUACAGCAAAAUAGAAAUAUUGUCUAAUUUUAUUUAUUUGGUUUUGUUUUUUUUUCAACAGUAAGGAAAAUAGGGAUGUUUUUUAUUUGGGUUUUAAUACUGAAUUAGGUCAAGAUUCUGGAAUAAAUAAGUUGGUAUGUACGUGUAAUAUGUCCAGUACCACAAAAUGAGCACUGCAGUGUGCCGUGGUUUGUUAAU